AGUUUUCUGACUCGUUCUUAACCAGGCAGCCUGUGUUAAGUUGUGAUUAUCCCCAGUUGACAUGGGCGUGUUUCCUGAACAAUCACCAGGUGUUAAACACCUGACAGAAUGACAGUGAUCCAUAUGGAUGAAGCAGAAUGCUUGUCGAGCUGAUCGGUAGCACAAUGAAUAAAACGGUGGUCUCGUAAUUUUAUCGCUGGAUUACGUGGUUUCGAAUCCUCUCACCGUACUUGAAAAAUACGUGUUUUUUAUUUCGGCCCGCACGUUUCUUUUUACUGUCUGUAGAUGACAUUUACAUGGAUAUAGACUUUGUUAAGUAGUGAUGCCGACGUUUUUCGGUGAGGUCUUCUUUAUCUGGUAUCUUUAUUUCACGUAAAUCCAGGUCUGAUCGUGACGAAUCUGCGGACGAAACAUCUGGAGACGGAAACUAUCGCCAGUUAACCUGAUCACCAAACUGGAACACCGGCCAGCAACAGGAGGGAGACUCAGCUGCUGCAUUAUUGGAGACGUUUGAGGACGUUGAGUGUUUUGUGACUUCAAGAAACUUUUACACCAUUUGUCCCAUUGGUGGCAAGCUCCCUUUAAGCAAUCAAGUAUAUUUAGAAAGUAACGUUCUUGUCUCCUGUAGCAGACAAUAAGCUAGCUAGUUAGCCAUCGGCGCUAGCUAGUUAGCCAUUAGCGCUAGCUCCGUGCUCCGCUCGUAUUUCGUGCUGCUGUUUCUAACGUUUGGCUCUCAGAAGCUAAUACAUCAGUCAGUAUGACGAACUAAGCUCGUGGUCGUACAGGUUUAUUUUUUUCGCAAGUUACAAUGUCGUGUUUUUCGUGUACUUAGGGUGAGUGUUUAUUUGUGUUCAAGAAUCCUUUCCACGUACGAAGACUGCUCCACGUCCGUCAUGGAGCCCCCAGCUCCCCUGCCUCCUCUCCAGCACCAGCUUCAGCACCAGUACCAGCUCGGACACCGACCCUGUCAACAUCAACCUCCAGCACGUAACAGCAACGUCUUAUCACUGGCAAGAGGAAAAGGGGCCACAGAAAAUUGGACCUUCCAAGCGUACUUGUGGAGAUGCAGGCUGAGGAGGAGUGGAGUCAUGCCCAGCAUGAUGAGAACAUCUGGUUGCUCCUCAGCGAGGCAAGAGAGAAUGAAGCAGCCUUGCAGCGGAGGAGAUGGCCCAGAAUGCUGCCUUCAACCAGUCAUUCCUGGGUGUGCUGGGGCAGCUGGUGCAGGUAGUGCUGGGUGUGCUGGGGCAGCUGGUGCAGGUAGUGCUGGGUCUGCUGGGGCAGCUGGUGCAGGUAGUGCUGGGUGUGCUGGGGCAGCUGGUGCAGGUAGUGCUGGGUGUGCUGGGGCAGCUGGUGCAGGUAGUGCUGGGUGUGCUGGGGCAGCUGGUGCAGGUAGUGCUGGGUCUGCUGGGGCAGCUGGGGCAGGCAGUGGGCAGCCAGUGAGUCCACCACCCAGAGACUUGAGAUUUAGUUGUAUAUAGUUUUACUUUUAGCCCUCCACUGUAGGACACGCCCGCCACAGUUUGUACUUUGCACAUUGUAAAUAGUUUUGAUUUUGCUGCUGACUAAUAAACUAUUUUGUGACUUAUGUGAUUGCAUCAUAACUUUUCAUUUUGUCUGUUAAGACACUGGUAGGAAAAGAGUCAACAGUCUGAACCAAACAAUUCUGUAUUCCCUAAUAAUGCAUUUAUGUUUAAUGGGAUUUAACAUGUUUUAACACAAACUCCUUUAUGGUUCAUAAUUCUGUUGACUGAAUUACACCAAAGCAAUACUGAUUUAUCAAACUGGAAUAUUCUUAAAACAGCUGUUUUAAUGUUUUGGUGUUUGUCAUGUAAUCUUGCUAACCUUCACAAA